UGUUGCAGCAGGAGCCUAUAAUUGUGUCCAGUCUUUCGCAAGGCGGUUAGCCCAGUUGCGGGAAGAGAGCAAGCGGACUGUUCUAUUGAGGUUCUAUCUCGGAACUUGACUGACGCAAUCAGUCAUUCGAAAAGCUUUCGACAGGAAGUUUUCUGUAAAUUGACUUUUGAAACACAUUGUGGGAUGCGGGAUACCGUGUUUGUUGGGGCACACAGCAGUUGCGGUUCCAAUAUUGCUAUCCAGCGGCAUCACGUCUAUGACCCGUCUAGAAGACCCUGGUGGUUAGUUGCGCUUGGCACAGGACAAUCACAAAGUUCGCAGCGCUUUCAGUUUCUUCCCUCUUCGACGUGGAAGUGUAGAACCAUUGUCAGAUGUUCACGAUUGCCCCGAGAAGACAAAAAGAGGAGAGGAAAGGGUCUCAUGCCCUUGAUUCCUAAACAAGACACUCAACCUCCCUUGAGUCCUUCUACAAUGAGGGUUUACGCAAUCUCAGAUCUUCACACAGACUAUGAGGCAAAUAUGGAGUGGGUGAAGUGCCUUUCUUCUACUACAUAUCUGCCACACACGCUCAUUGUUGCUGGCGAUGUUGCAAACUCAUUGGACACAUUCACUACAGCGAUGCGUAUCUUGAAAGAGAAAUUCCAGCAUGUGUUUUUUGUGGCCGGAAACCAUGAUUUGUGGUGCAAAAGCACUGAAGGUGACGAUGUGAAUUCUGUACUGAAACUGGGCAUGCUGGAUGAUACGUGCAAAUCACUUGGUGUAUAUACAACUCCCAAGAAAUUGAACGGGGUCUGGAUUUAUCCGAUUCUUUCAUGGUAUCACCAGAGUUUUGAUAAAGAGAAAGACAUUCUAGGGUACAAUAUUCGGCCACCACACAAGGCUGCUUCAGACUAUCGACUAUGCAAGUGGCCACUUCCGCUUGAUGAUAUGAAUGAUGGAUGUCUUGCGCGUUAUUUUGACGAACUCAAUAGGGAAGAGUUUCAAAGGGAAGUUGCGAAGGAUCAGGAAGACUGUCAAAUUAUUACUUUCUCUCAUUUUCUGCCUCGGUAUGAAUUAUGUCCAGAAAAGCGCAUGCUAUUUUAUCCCAAUCUACCGAAAAUCACAGGCUCCGACUGGUUGGAGGCAAGGUUGCGCACUAUACAUGGACGUCACGGAAGUCCAACUGCAUGCCAUGUGUUCGGCCACACACACUUCUGUUGGGAUGCAACCUUGGAUGGUAUCAGAUACAUUCAAUCCCCUCUAGCGUACCCAAAGGAAAGAGAGAGGCGCAUCAACGGAGGAGUAGAUUGGUUGCCCUUGUGUCUUUACGAUUCUGACAAGGGCGGUUUAGUGGAAGGUCCGCUGGACUGUCACUGGUCCAACUAUUAUCGUCUAAACCAAAGAGAUCCAGACAACACAGAACUUGCACCGUGGGUAGCAAGUCGGUAUCAACCAGUGGUAGCAUCCUAAAUGAAACACUCUACAUGAAGUAGAUGUGUAGUUGUACUUCAAUUCUAGCCACCCAAGCUUGUGCACCAGAAUGAGACAGGGCGACCUGCUGCCACUAGUUUUGUAUCCAUCCUAGUCCAACCCAAUUGUUUUUUCACCGUCCAGAAUGGUUGUAGCACUUCAACUGUAUAUCUGAAGAUGUAAAUUAAGUUAUCAUGUCCACAAAAUCGCCGCUCACCCGACAGUUUUCAGAUAAAUAUUAACUGCACUAUUUGUC